AUGCAUGCAUUACGCUUGCUGUGGACCGCGCACCACCACACCAUAUCGGACAGGCGCAGGAGGAGGCUUUUGCUAAGACGGCAAUUAGAGAGAAUAGAAGACAUGCCGGAACUUCUAUUCACACAAAAUUUCCGUCUUGACAAAGCCUCCUACACAAGUUUGUGUAUGGAUUUGCGCAGGGCAAAAAUUUUAAAGGGAACCGACGAAAUACCUCUCCAAAUUAAGGUAUUGUGUGCCUUAAGCUUUUUUGCGACGGGCUCGUAUCAGAAACUUGUUGGUGUCGGCCUUCAUCUCACUCAAAGAACCACAAGUCGCUGCAUCAACGAAGUUGUGGAUGCCCUAAACGAUCCGUGGAUGGUGGGUCGCUGGAUUAUUUUCCCGCAAACACCCCAAGAAAGAUCGCAAAUCAAAGAAAAGUGCAUAUGUGACGCCGACCUUAAAAUAUUAAGUGUCAAUUCCAAAUUUGGCGGAUCGACACACGACUCGUUCAUUUGGUUGGCGAGUCACGUCGAAUCGUAUGUAAGAGGAAUUAACCUAGGAGGUGAAAAUGUUUGGCUAUUAGGUGAUUCAGGGUACCCUCUAAGGCCUUGGUUGAUGACACCAUUACUAAAUGCGAAUCCGGGGACCAGAGAGGAACGAUACACCAGACGACAUGUCCAAGCCCGGUCGAGUAUUGAGCGCUGCUUCGGACUUUUAAAAGCUCGUUGGAGGUGCUUACUUCAUGACAGAGUUCUCCAUUAUCAUCCAGAAAUGGCUAGUAAAAUAGUUCAUGCGUGUUGUGUUCUACAUAAUAUUGCAUUACACGCAAAUGUAGCAUCGCCUCCACUUCAUGAGUUACCACCGGACCUUCAGGAUGAUGAUGGAGAACUUCACUUAGAGAACACCUCCAACGAUGAUUAUCUCCAUGGCAGCGCAGUACGAUCUGCACUAAUUAAUAGGAUGAACUAA